AUGGUGGAACCGGAAUAUUCUCUGUUUCCCGGCGGAGACAAGCCGGAGCAAAAACAGCCGCCGGCGUCAAAUGAAGAAGACAAAUCUCCAGAAAGGGUUUACGGUUUAGAUCGUGUGGUGAUGAAAGGAAAUUCAGAAAAAAUCGUAGAGGAGAUUGAGGAAAGGGCUUCAUCGAUUCUUAGGUUCUCGCUUGAGCGUGAGAAAAUUGAGGAAGAGUUUGAUAAAAUGAGAGUCUCGCUGGAGAUAAAGGAAGAGAGACUGAGAGUGGUUGAAGUGAAGGAAAAAGAAACUGGUUUGCUUGAGGAGUCGAUAUCUGAGAAACAAAGAGUAUUACAAGAGAAAGAGACUGAAUCUGAUUUGAGACAGGUCAUUGAAGCAACCCUCAUGAGACUGGUGAUUGAGAAGCGGAGUGAAGAAGCAGUGACCCAACUUGAAACACAAGAGAAUAACCUUUGUUUGCUUCGCCAUUCCAUGACAAAGGCACUUGAAGAUAUGGUGAGUGAGUUUGCAGGGAAGAAAGAGGAGGCUGGAUUGCUUUUUGAGUCAAUCGAUGACAAAUUGUGUGAGUUAGACAAGGCAGAGAAGAAUUUUGAUCUGAAACAAAGUGUUGAGAUUGAGAGAAGGAACGAGGAAAGUAAGCAGCUUGAAGCAAAGAAGACUGCGCUCAGCUUACUUGAAGAAAGUAUCAGUGACAAGUCUGCUGAGUUGAAGAGAAAGGAGGAGACUUUUGAGCUAAAACUGAAAGAAGAAGCUGAUAAAUGGAGAGAGGAGACUGAAAUGAAGAGCAAAGAUCUUGAAAUUAUGGUGAAGACACUGGAAAAAAGGUUGAAAGAAGUUAAAUUGAAGCAGAUGGAGUUUGAAGAAGAACCAACACACCAAGUUAUAGACGAAGUGACUCGAAAGAGAUCCAACCUUGAAUUUGAGCCUCCCUUGUUGGUAAAGAACAAUAGUGAUGCUGGUUCGCUUACUCGGCUAGCGAAAAGACACAAAUCUCAUGAAGAAGAACAAGUGGCUUGUGCGCUACAUGGAACCACCGAUCCUAAAUCUGAAGACAUUUGUGAAGCAUAUGAUGGAGAGAUAAAAGGAAUUGAUAAAAGUGACUUUAGCAACUCAAUGAGCUCUUUUGCUGUCGAUCAAGUAUGGGCUGUAUACGACACUAGAGAUGAUAUGCCAAGGAUCUAUGCUCAGAUCAGAGGAAUUUUUAACGCCCAGUUGAGUUUGCAGGUGACAUUACUUGAACAUGUGAAAACCACAAAAGAUGAGAGAUCUAUUCCUGUUGCUUGUGGGAGGUUUGAAUAUGGAGAUACAGAGAUCAAAAGCCACUUGAUGUUUGCUCACGAGAUGCAAUACAUCAAAUGUGGCAAAGAUAUCAUUGUGAACCCGAGAAAAGGCGAAACAUGGGCUCUUUUUAGAGACUGGAAUACAAGUCACUCGGAUAUACACGAGCCUCCUUAUAGAUACGACUUUGUGGAAGUCAUCUCCGAUUUUGACGAUCGUCUAGGCAUUGCAGUGGCAUAUAUGGGGAGAGUUGAAGGAUUUUUAUCGGUUUUUAACCAUGCUGAGCAGCAUGGACUCAUCAAGAUGAUGAUCUCACCGGAGGAAAUGCAGAGAUUUUCUCAUAAAGUUGCAUCUGUUAAAUUGAGUGGAGAAGAGAAAGCUGGUUCUUUUGUGCUAAACCCUGCUGCUGCACCGAGCUACCAUCCUUUGCUUGAGGAAGGUCAAGAUGGGUCUACAAAAGAUCUGCCCAUUAUAAUAGAUUGA